AUGUUUCUUGCAAGAACUGUGGACAAGUCGGCUGCAAGGUUCAUUACUGCCCCUGACGUGUGCUUAAAGCGAUGCUUCUCCUCAACAUUAGGGUGCUUGAACAAUAAGCCAACUUUUCAGUUUAAAACCAAGAAAAAGACCAAAGAGGAUUUAAAAGAGGAGGAGGCCCAGAAACGGUACCAAGAAGCACUGGAAAGUGGGGAUAGGUUCCGUAUUUGGGCAGCAUAUGCCAGAACGAACGAGUACGAUCGAAAAGCUUUGAAGUGGUACAUACUAGGCUACGGGGCAUUCAUUCUAUAUGGUAUUACCUAUUUCAAGAAGGCAUUUGCUAAGGAAAAAGAAAAGGAAGCAUUGGUUGAAAAAUUUCAGAAAGAAGGAACUCUUUCUGAAUGGGAACAUCUCCGAUUGAAAGAGUUGAAUCACGACAAGUUGAGAACCACUGACAGUAUCAAGCUGGCAGAGUAUCACAAACUAUGGGACGAAUAUAAGAUGAAGCUGGUUAAAGCAACUUCUGAGGAGGAGCUAGCUCAAAUCGGUGAAUUUGACCCAAAACCAGAAGACAUCAGUGAAUACAAAGAAUAUCAGACCAAGAUCUUACCACCUAAGGAUUUGACUGAGCUUUAUAACGAGCUGGCUUCCAAUUACGAUAGUGAUAUCAAUUUGGAAGAGACUCUUUCUUUCAUGGGAAGCAAAAGAAAAUGGCUAAUGAAAGAAAUUGAGGGAGAUGUGUUGGAAGUUGCUUGUGGUACUGGAAGAAAUAUCAAAUAUCUGGAUCCUACUCAAAUUUCAUCAAUUACGUUCCUGGAUGCAUCCACCAAGAUGUUGGAGAUUGCGAAAGAAAAAUUUCGUAGGCAGUUCCCUCAAUUUCCAAGAGCAGCAUUUGUUGUGGGAAAGGCAGAAGACUUGCUUGAUAUAACAUCCAAAGACGAUGCAGUUAAGUACGAUUGCAUUGUUGAAACAUUUGGUUUAUGUUCACAUUACGAUCCCGUUAAAGCGCUGAAAAAUAUGGCACGACUUUUAAAACCAGGCGGACGUGUUAUACUGUUAGAACAUGGCAGGGGAUCCUAUGAUUUCAUCAACAAUCAACUAGACUCUCGUGCUGAUAGACAUAGUAAAACUUGGGGAUGUAGGUGGAACUUGGAUAUUGGAGAAUUGUUGGAUCAAUCAGGUUUGGAGAUAGUAGAAGAAAAGAGACACCACUUUGGUACGACGUGGUGCGUUAUUGCCAAGAACCCCGGUGACACUGUUAAACCUAAAGAAUUGGGAUGGUAUGAAAAGUAUUUCAAGCCGUCUAAUCCCUCUCAAGAAGCUCAAAGAUGA